UUGGCGACCAUGGUGACGGACGAUGAAAUCCCUGCGCAACCCAAGAAAAAGGCGUUGCCCUUCAAGCGCACCGUCGCGCGGAAGCAGCAAUCUCAAAAACCGCAACAGCCGAGCGAGGAAGCAAAAAAGGCCGAUGAUGAUAAUGAUCUCGACUUCUUCCGUCACACCGACGAAGUCUUUCCCGAAAUUCUCCGAGAAGUCAGCGAAGGCAAGGACCAGGAAAAUCAUGAUCGCAAACGCAGGAAGCUCUCAAGCCCGCCGGACGACCCUCAGCGCUCGCACAAGCAACCGGUUACCCUGGACGAAUCCGACAAUGACCUGAUAAUGGACGUAAAAGGCAAAGGCAAGGAGAUACCCCGGCCAAGGAGGCCCUCGACGCCUUUGCAAACUUCCACGGCACGAGAAGUUUCGGAAUCACCGGGCUCCAGCAGAACCACCCCAAGAACGGCGGUCUCGAGGAGAAGCCUUUCGAAAAACACCGCCGGUUCACCUGGGGCCCCGGUAACGGUACUCGCCUCCGACGUCUCCGACUCGGACGACGUCGGCGUUGUCAAACCCACUGCACCUUCCAACAAGAGAGGAGCCAGCAACCCCACGACUCCGGGCCGUUCGCGCGACACCUCCUCAACAUCCUCCUCACCCAUCGAGAUCCUCCCCAACCCCGACCCCGAUCCUAACCCGCCCAGCGGCGACGACUUCUCCGAAUGGGUCGCCAAGGCGCGCGCCCUCCAGGCCUCCGAGAGUCACACCGCCGUCGUGGAGGUCCUGACGACCUCGCGCAUCGAGGGCUGCGACAAGCCGGUGAGGACGCGGUGCCGGAUGAACCAGGCCGUGCAGAUCAUCCUCAAGGCCUGGAUCGAGCGGACGCGGAGCUCCCGCGUGGUGAUCCCCGACGACAUGGCCGCGCGCAUGUUCCUCACCUGGAAGGGAAACAAGAUCUACGGGCACAGCACGCUCGCGUCGCUGGGCGUGCAGGUGGACGCGAAGGGCCGCCUGCGCAACAACCAGGGCGAGGGCUACACCCGCGACGGGAUCCACCUGGAGGUCUGGACCGAGGAGGAGUAUGCGGCGUACCUGGAGAACCGGGGCAAGAAGCGAGCAUCGAGGUUGCUGGCGGCUGAUGAUGAGGAUGACGACGAUGACUCGGGGGUCGAUGACCGAAGAGGGGCGAGCGGAGGGGCGGAAGAGGCGCCGGCGCCGGCGCAGCAGCGGAAGAAGAAGGGGAUUCGCAUCGUGCUCAAGGCGAAAGACCACGAACCGCUCAAGCUGACGACGAGAGAGGACACGACUGUCGAGAUGCUCAUCGAGGCAUUCCGGGCCCAGCGGAAUCUCGGGCCUGAGUGGGAUGUUGCUAUGUGGUUUGACGGGGAGAGGUUGGAGGAAGAUUCGCUGGUUACGGAUCUGGACGUCGAUCCGGACGACGUUAACCAGCUAGAGGUGCAUGUCAAAAGGGGUGGCAGCUGA